AUGCUCUCGGCCUCUCGCCCUCCUACAUCUCGUCCCAAUCGUUCCGGUUCCGACAUGAGAGGUCGCGCACCACUCCCCGUGCCCUCGGGGCUGCAAAAUGGCCAUUCCCGCAAUCCAUCCAGCCUCGACAUGGCACGCAGCCCACCCAACCCCAGCAAUAAAAAUACGAAACAUGUUCCCUGCAAAUUCUUCCGACAGGGCGCUUGUCAAGCCGGCCCCGCCUGUCCUUUCCUGCACUCAACCGAUUCAGCCAUUGACUAUGCCCCCUGCAAAUACUUUUCCAAGGGAAAUUGCAAGUUCGGCGCAAAAUGCGCAUUAGCACAUAUUCUACCAGAUGGCCGGAGAGUCAAUCGACCAACUGGGAAUGCAGGUGCCGGGGGAGGCGCCGGUGGUGGGGGUGGGCAAAUGGGUAUGGGUGGUGGUAGUCAUCUCAACCUGGGCGGCCGAGUCAACCCGCAGGCAUAUGUGAAUCAGGAUUCAGCCUUGACAAACUCCGUGCUUUCACAGCAGCGCUUGAAUGGCCACGAACAGCGAUAUGCCCCUCAGUUAGAAGACUUUCCUACUGUGCAUGGCCAGCAGGUACAGCCGUACGAUUCGAUCCCGACAAUUGAUGCGGGACUAGCCUCCGAUGCGGGUUCGAAGUAUGGUUCUCCAACAGAAGAUGUGCGGUUCCCCAUGUCACCGAAUCACCACCACUUGACAGCUCUCGAUGCAGCACUCCCAGCUUCUUUUGAUAGUCAAGGAAUUUCUCAUGUCGCGCGCUAUGGUCCCGUCGCCGCUUCGAUGCCCUCUAAGUUUGGCUUGGAAUCUCCACCCGCACAGAGAUCAGGGCCCGCUGAUGCGUUCCGCAAUUUGCGCGACAUUGGAUUCAGCUCCGACUUCCGAAAGCCAUCAUCGAAUAUCGGAUCGUCUCCGCCAGCACCAGAAGAUAAUGUGGGCCCUCGGUUCUUACACUCAUCUCGUCCCGUCAAGCCGCGCAUGUUGUCGGCUAGUGUUCCCCGUCCUACGGCUCUUGAUGACUGGGAUGAGAAUUUCCCUAUGGAGGAAGACUACUUGCCAACAAGCCUACAUGACGAUGUGCUUACCCCCCAGGAAAAGCUGCGUCGACUCUCUCGGACAGAUAAUGAUAUUGGGGGCAGCCACCGUGAUAUUAGCGGUCUUGGAAUGAGCAGCAGUUUCUCUAAGAAUGGCUCGCCUCUGGCCUCAAGUCCAUCUCGUUUCGGUGCAUUGUUUGCAAAGCAACGCCAAAGGAAGGAUGACGAUGCCGUGGGAUCUUCAUUCCCUCAUAUUGGUUCUCCCCUCCGUGAAUCAGCAUUGAACCCCAUGGCUAGCCCAAGCCUGGGUCCUAUUGGCAGUCGGGCAUCCCACGAUGGCUCGCCGUUUGUCUCUAGCCCCGGAAGACAGUCCUCAAUGUCCAUGAUCUCCGAACAGCUUGGAGGCAUGUCCCUUCAUCCGGGCUCUGCUCGGCACUCCUCGGUAGCACCAGGACGCCUUGACCGUACCAUCUCCUCGGGUACCACCAGCAAGAUUGAGGAAGAGGAGGAACAAAGUGACCUGGUAUUCUCCAUGGAAGAGGAAGAAGGCAACAAGCGUAACAGCUCGUCCUGGAACUCCGACGAGACUAAAGAGAGCUCCACCGACGCCUAA